AUGGAGAUUAUAAAUCAAACAACGGUUUUGGAUUUCCUUCUUCUGGGACUGACAGAUGAUCCCAAACUCCAGUCUUUCAUCUUGGUCCUCUUCCUGUCCAUCUACCUGGUCACUGUGCUCGGCAAUCUGCUCAUCAUCCUGGCUGUCAUCUCCGACUCCCACCUCCACACCCCCAUGUACUUCUUCCUCUCCAUCCUCUCUUUCAAUGACAUCUAUGUGAGCUCAACCACCAUCCCCAACAUGCUGGUGAACAUCCACACCCAGGACCAGAGCAUCACGUAUGCAGGCUGCCUGGCUCAGGUCUGCUUUGUCAUGAUUUUUAUACUCUUGGAAAAUUUUCUGUUGGCAGUGAUGGCCUAUGACCGCUAUGUGGCCAUUUGUCACCCCCUGUGGUACACAGUAAUUAUGCACCCCCACCUCUGUGUCCUGCUGGUUUGGGGUUCUGUGUUCAUUAGCACCGCUGAUGCCCUGCUCCACAGUCUCAUGGUGUUAAGGCUGCCAUUUUGCACACAUUUACACAUCCCCCACUUCUUCUGUGAGUUCGCUCAAAUCACCAAACUCCCCUGUUCAGAAACUUUCAUGGAUAACAUCCUGAUCAUGGUGUCAGUUUCUGUCUGUGGCGGUGUUCCUCUGUCUGGAAUCAUUUCCUCUUAUAUUCACAUUGUAUCCUCCAUCCUGCGCAUGUCCUCGUCAAGAGGGAAGCACAAAGCCUUCUCCACCUGUUGUGCUCACCUAUGCGUUGUCUCCUUGUUCUAUGGAACAGGUAUUGGGGUGUACAUCAGCUCUGCUGUUACCAACUCCCCUCAGAAGAUGGCAGUGGCUUCGGUGAUGUAUGUUGUGGUCCCUCAAAUGCUGAACCCCUUUAUCUACAGCCUGAGAAAUCAGGACAUGAAAGUUGCUGUGAAGAAUCUUGCUAGCAGGAGGAUUGCUUCUCUGUGGUGA